AUGUCACACGGAAGCCUUCAAGUUACAGUAGUUGAAGCUCGUAAUCUUAAAGAUCAAGAUACUCUUGGUCAAAAUGAUGCAUACGUUGAAUUAUACUUAGACAAAGAUUAUAAACAACGAACAACAACAAUUAAAGAUACAAAUUCACCAAAAUGGAAUGAAACAUUUACUUUUAAUUUACAAAAAGGUGAUGAUACCUUACAUAUACAAGUAUAUGAUGAUGAUGCCGUCGGUAAAGAUUCCAUUGGCUCAGCAAAAGUUAGUUUAAAAAAGAUUCAACAAGGUGGAGGACAAUCAGAAGAAUGGGUUAAAUUACCUGCGCAUCUUGGUCUUGGUUCUCACGGAGAAAUACACCUUAUUCUUCGACUUAGUUGA